AUGGCCAAGAUCAAGGCCCAAGAACUUCUCGGGAAGGAGGAGGAGCUGCUGAAAGAGCUGGACGACCUGAAGGUGGAGCUGUCCCAGCUGCGCGUCGCCAAAGUGACAGGCGGCGCGGCCUCCAAGCUAACCAAGAUCCGAGUCGUCAGCAAAUCCAUUGCCCGUGUUCUCACAGUUAUUAACCAGAUGCAGACAGAAAACCUCGGGAAAUUCUACAAGGGCAAGAAGUACGAGCACCUGGACCCGCUGCGGUCUAAGAAGACACGCGCCGUGCGCCGCCGGCUCAGCAAGCACGAGGAGAACCUGACGAUCAAGAAGCAGCAGCAGAGGGGGCUGCUGUCCCCAAUGCGGAAGUGCGCGGUCCAGGCCCCAGUGGCGCGUUGUCAAUAA